AUGCAUUCCGGUCUAAACCUGAUUAUUGACCUCCUCCAAAAACCCCUACUUCCUCCUCUCCCACCACCAACAAUUCAACCUUUACCUCCAGCAACUCCACCUCCAAUAAAUCAACCCUCACUUCCACCUAAUCCAAACACACCUUUAGCUCCAUCUCCAUCACCAAGGAGGACUCCACCACCACUACCACCUCCUCUUCCAUCUCCGGCUCCAUCGCCAAGGAAGACAUCACCUUCACCACCACCUCCACUUCCACCACUUUCACCUCCUUCUUUGGCACCACCUCCAAGGACACCACCACCUUCACCUCUAUCUCCGGCUCCAUCACCAAGGAGACCACCACCACCAACUCCGCCACCAAGGAGGUUGCCACCACCUCCAUCACCAAAGAGGUCCCCACCACCUCCGACACCAAGGAGGUCGCCACCACCACCUCCUCCCCCACCUAGGAGGUCACCUCCGCCACCAAGGAGGUCGCCACCACCAAGGAGGUCUCCACCACCUCCGCCACCAAGGAGGUCACCACCACCACCAAGGAGGUCGCCGCCGCCACCUCUACCACCUAGGAGGUCGCCACCAAGGAGGUUACCUCCACCACCUCCACCACCAAGAAGGCCACCACGAAGCACUUAG